AAACUCCACAACCUUUCACUAACAGCCUGCAGGAGCCUCUCUCCCCUCUGCUGCUGCACAAGCCAGUGAGACCAACCCACAGGACCACGGAGAGACCAUGAAGAGCCUGCUCCUUCUCUCCAUUCUGGCUGCCUUGGCCGUGGCAGCUUUGUGCUACGAAUCUCAUGAAAGCAUGGAAUCCUAUGAAAUUAAUCCCUUCAUUAACAGGAGAAAUGCCAAUACAUUUAUAUCUGCGCAACAGAGAUGGAGAGCUAAAGCCCAGGAGAGGAUCAGAGAAACCACCAAGCCCGCCUAUGAGCUCAACCGGGAAGCCUGUGAUGACUUCAAGCUUUGCGAACGCUAUGCCAUGGUUUAUGGAUACAAUGCUGCCUACAAUCGCUAUUUCCGGCAUCGCCGAGGAGGCAAAUGAAAUUUAAAAAAGUCUCUUUCCUUCCAGAGCCUGGUGCCUGGUUUUGUAUUCCUUUACAGUAGCAUCAUCGAACUACAUAAACACAUACAAAUUGCUUAUUUCUUAAAUGUUCUUGUCUGGCUGUUGCCCUCCUUCCUGCCCCCCAGAUCAAUAAGCAAUGAAAGUGCAAUGUAGUGAAAGGUCAAAAGAGAAUUAAGAUGUGUGAUUAUUAUUACAUAAUAAACUCUUGGAUGGAUACUUUCA